AUGGCUUCCUCGGCUGGUUCAAAUCAAGCCAUAAAGCCGGACUCAACUUUAUUCAAAUCGUUCGUUGGUGUUGCGGCCAUUAAAAAGGGCUACGAAGGCGUGGAUCGCGACAAGAUCGCCCGGACUGUUUACGAAGCCUCCAAAGACUCGCUAUAUUUCAACCACCAACAAAAGAGAGAUCAGGCGUUAACCGAAAAAUGCAACGCGCUGAUAGAGAAGAAACGUCUCCUGGAAGACUCAGAUACUACGUCCCAGCUCGUUCACGCUGAUAAAGUUGUCGCUCGCCUCAAGGAUAAUCGAGAUCUUUCGCAGUCCAUCGUCCAUAUCGAUUGCGACGCGUUCUAUGCCUCGGUCGAGCAGAAUGAUUGCCCUGAACUGAAGGACGUGCCCUUUGCCGUUGGGGACACCGUUGUAGCAGCUUGCAACUACAUCGCCAGGAAGACCGGAUGUCGAGCUGGAAUGGUAAUCGCGGUCGCCAAGAAAAUGUGCCCCAGUCUCAGAAUUGUCAAGCCCAACCAUGAUCGAUACAGGGAGGUGAUGGCUCAAAUCUGUAAGCUCAUGCAGAAGUACGAUCCUGGGUAUGAAAUCUGCGGCACUGAUGAAGCCUAUCUCAACAUCACGAAAUACUGCACUGAAUUUGACAUUAAACCGUGGGAUGUGGUCGAGAGUCUGCGAAAGGACAUUAGGCACGAGACAGGCAUCGCAGUUGCCGCAGGCAUCGCAGCCAACAUCCAACUCGCAAAAAUCAGUUCCACGUUCAUUAAACCAGAUGGCCAGUACCAGUUGCCCAGCGAGCCGGAUAUCAUGAUGGCCUUCAUCAAAGAUCUACCCGUGAGGAAGGUGACAGGGGUUGGGCAUACUCUGGAUCGGCAACUCGCUAGCAUAGGCGUUGCCACAUGCGAAGACAUUUUCUCACACCGACAGUUCUUGAGGGACCUGUUUGGGGACCGGUUGUUUGAAUUUCUGCUUGAAGUGUACCUGGGAUGCGGAAGAACCGAACUUCAAGCCACUCUGGACCAGCAGCAAAAGAGUGCUAGCAUAGAGCGCACUUUCAAAGAAACCUCAGCCCCCGACAUCAUUGAAAGAAAUUUGCGGACGGUGUGUGAGGCCGUCGAAGCCAAGCUAAAGGAGCUCAACCGUGCCGGGCAGACUCUCACAGUAAAGGUCAAAAUGAACGAUUUUGAGUCGUAUUCGAAGCAAACGAAGCUACCGAAAGCACUCAGUGGCGCCCGCGAUAUCUUCCAGCAUUCUCUUCCGUUUGUCAAGGCAACAUUGGCCAGCAAACCGAACCAGCCAUGCCGAUUGCUUGGUGUGAGGCUGACACAGCUUGUGAGCAAGGACUACACUCUCAGCGCGGCCUUUCAGCGCAUGGCGGAUAAAAGUACACAUUCUAAGCCAGACUCCUUGUUGGGGGCGAAGGAAAAAGAGCUUUCUAGUCCGGCUGGAAAGCGAAAGAUGGGUGGUAAUCUAGAGCGCCGCGAAUUGUCGCCACGGAAGAAGAAAUCAAAUCUUGCCUCAGAGCGCCCGGAGGUAAAUCCCUUAGAACCAUCCCGGUGCCCAAGUGAGAUGGUCCGAUGCCCGAUUUGCGAUCAGGACCAGCCGCCAGACAACGUAUCCUUCAAUCAGCACCUUGAUAUCUGCUUAUCCCUGUCAGAAAUUCAGAAGUAUAGUUGA